AUGCUACUGGAACGUCAUUUUGCUGGAAUAUACGACACGGAAAGCCGCGGAGAUGUACUAAUAAAGGGAAAAGGAGUCAUGGAAACGUACUGGGUUCACGGCCGUCGUGGGGAGCAUACAAACACUUAUUUAGAGGCUGACGACUUGGACGAGAGAUCAGUGUUAGGAUCUGAAGCGUGUAAGCCCAUUGACGAAACGAUAAUCGCUGCUGCUGAUAAUCCCCUUUAUAGAGAGUACCUGCUUCAAAAUGCAUGA